AUGUUGAGUACUAAUAAUUUGCUUAUAUUAUUGAUUUUUUCAUUUUUAAUCACCAAUGUUAAACUGGAUCUUGGUGGACCAUGUUUUUCAAUGUCAACUAUGGAAGGUUUCGCUUGUGGACUUGGAGUUCAUAAAAACAUUCAAAUUAUCACUGAUUGUUUAUGUUAUAUUCCAGGGUAUUGGGAACAACUCGAUGGAUGUGAUAAAUUAGUACGUGGUCCCCAUCAUACACCAAUAGAUGGUGCUGAAAUAUGUUCACGUGCGCUGGAAUAUGCAGCCAAUCCAGCAGGGUUUACUGGUGAGACAGAUUACUAUGAAAGUAGCACUACAGUAAUGCAUGUUGUCAUGCUUGACUUCCCAACAUAUUCACCUGGAGUAACCAAUUUUCUUGAUUCAAGUUCCAAUGACUUGACUACUACAAAUACUGAUGAAAUCAAUUCUCUGAUUACAACAGAUGAAGUCAUUCCUUCUUCUAGCAGCAGCUAUAUUGAAAUUCCUCUGGAAACUUUAAUGGAAUCGUCUGUUUCUACUCAACCAUCAACAAUUGAAACUUCAGAAACCAGCCACGCUACAAGCUUAGAAGUCUCUUCUAUAAUCACUGGCGUCAGUUCCGAACCACUAACAAUAGUUUCUGAGAGUGGGGGUUUAAACUCUACUGAAAUUGCCUCAACACCAGUAGUGAUCACUUCUCCUACUCCGCAACCAUUAUUGGAGACUCCUUCUCAGGAAAGCAGUGCUCCUAAUAUUGAUAGUACCACUCCAACAACAAUAGACAACACUGUAGUUGACGGAACAACAACAAACGAUGCAACAUCAGUAGCUUCCUCAACUUCUGAUGUAGCAUAUGUUUAUAUUGGUGGUGCAAUGGGUUAUCCAUCAAUUUCUGUUGCUUUAGGACUUGUAUUUAUUGCAUACCUCGUUUAG